CGCACGCCCGCCCGCCUGCCCGCCGCGGCCCCGCGCACUCCCGCCGCUUUGCCCGUCGCCCCGCGUAUCUCAGGCAGCCUCUCGCCGAGCUCGCUGCUGGGGCCCUGGCGGUCAGCGCGGGCCUCGGCGGGGCCCAGCGCCCCGGCCCGGGAGGAUGCGGCCCGGGGCGGCCUGGGAGCUGAGCAGGGCCCCCGCGCCGGUCCCCACGGGCUGUGGCCUCCAGAGCCGCAGCCGCCGCCCCGCCCCCGAAAGACAUGACUUCCAAGCCGCAUUCCGACUGGAUUCCCUACAGUGUCUUAGAUGAUGAGGGCAGCAACUUGAGACAGCAGAAGCUUGAUCGGCAGCGAGCCCUGUUGGAGCAGAAGCAGAAGAAGAAGCGUCAGGAGCCCCUGAUGGUGCAGGCCAACGCAGAUGGGAGGCCCAGGAGCCGGCGGGCCCGGCAGUCGGAGGAGCACGCCCCCUUGGUGGAGUCCUACCUCAGCAGCAGCAGCACCACCAGCUACCAAGUUCAAGAGGCCGACUCACUCACCAUUGUGCAGCUGGGAGCCGCCCAUCCCACAGCACCAGCCUCAGCCAAGAGAACCAAGGCAGCAACCACAGCAGGGGGCCAGGGUGGGGCCUCUAGAAAGGAGAAGAAGGGAAAGCACAAAGGCACCAGCCAGCCAGCAGCACUGGCAGAAGACAAGUCUGAGGCCCAAGGUGCGGUGCAGAUCCUGACUGUGGGCCAGUCAGACCACGCCCAGGACGCAGGGGAGACGGCAGCUGGUGGGGGCACUCAGCCCAGCGGGCAGGAUCUCCGUGCCACGAUGCAAAGGAAGGGCAUCUCCAGCAGCAUGAGCUUUGAAGAGGAAGAAGAGGACGAGGAUGAGAACAGCUCCAGCUCCUCCCAGCUAAAUAGCAACACUCGCCCCAGCUCUGCUACUAGCAGGAAGUCCACCCGGGAGGCAGCCUCAGCCCCCAGCCCAACAGCCCCAGAGCAACCAUUGGAUGUUGAGGUCCAGGAUCUCGAGGAGUUUGCACUGAGGCCAGCCCCCCAGGGUAUCACCAUCAAAUGCCGCAUCACAAGGGACAAGAAGGGGAUGGACCGGGGCAUGUACCCCACCUACUUCCUGCACUUGGACCGUGAGGAUGGGAAGAAGGUGUUCCUUCUGGCGGGAAGGAAGAGAAAGAAGAGUAAAACUUCUAAUUACCUCAUCUCUGUGGACCCAACAGACUUGUCUCGAGGAGGGGACAGCUACAUCGGGAAACUGCGGUCCAACCUGAUGGGCACCAAGUUCACCAUUUAUGACAAUGGAGUCAACCCUCAGAAGGCAUCAUCUUCUACUCUAGAAAGUGGGACAUUGCGUCAGGAGUUGGCAGCUGUGUGCUAUGAGACAAAUGUCUUAGGCUUCAAGGGGCCUCGGAAGAUGAGUGUGAUUGUCCCAGGCAUGAACAUGGUUCACGAGAGAGUGUCUAUCCGCCCCCGCAACGAGCAUGAGACACUGCUAGCACGCUGGCAGAAUAAGAACACCGAGAGUAUCAUCGAACUGCAAAACAAGACACCUGUGUGGAAUGACGACACCCAGUCCUACGUACUCAACUUCCAUGGGCGCGUCACACAAGCCUCUGUGAAGAACUUCCAAAUCAUCCAUGGCAAUGACCCGGACUACAUCGUGAUGCAGUUUGGCCGGGUAGCAGAGGACGUAUUCACCAUGGAUUACAACUACCCGCUGUGUGCGCUGCAGGCCUUUGCCAUUGCCCUAUCCAGCUUUGACAGCAAGCUGGCCUGUGAGUAGAGGCCUCCUCGUGCCCUUUGGGGUUGCCCAGCCUGGAGCGGAGCUCGCCUGCCUGCCUGCCUGUCUGCGGAGACAGCCCUGCCUACCCUCUGUACAUAGGCCUUCUGCCAGAUGAAGCUGUGGCCCUCUGUGGGCUCCUUGGUCCAGCCAGCCAGGAACUGGCUCCUCUGUCUCUGUUGCUGAGGCAGGGGAGUAGCAGCGAGUGGCUGGGUGGGUAUGAAGGGACAAAAGUAAUUCUGUCUGUGCCCCAAGAUGAAACUGCCCACCCUGCUCUUGGGUUAGUAUUGUGCUGGAGUCGUGUUUGCCAAGCUGAGCAACCUCUUCAGCUGGGAAGGCUGAGAGAGGUAUGGGUAGAAGGAAGCACAAUACAGGGCUGCUGGGGCCCAGGAGUCAGAUGACGACAGGCACCACAACAGGUAGGGGCACAGUGUGUGUGUAGGACAUACUAACUUUACAUAGCAAAGGGGGCGGUGGCUGAGUCUGACCCAUAACAGCUGCAGAAAGCCCCCUAACUUCAAAAGGCCACGACCAGGCUUAAAAGAAGUUAGGAGGAUGGUAGGGACAGGUGAGUGGCAGGACCUUGCCAGAUUGUGAGGCCUGGCUAUCUGUGGCUAUGGGAAUCAGCUAGGGCCUAUUGUUCUAGCACAUUCGAUUUCUCCAGGUUUUCUCUGUGCUCGCAGAAGCGGUGGGAACCUAGCUCUCAAGGCCAAAUGUCUUAGCAUGAGGCCUGCAGGAUACAGGAUCAGCACAAAGGAGGUGCAUGAACAGGCUCCCUGGAUUGGGGUUGUCUUGGCAGCCCUGUCAACUGCCCCAGGAGCUCUCUGCUGAGCAGCCCCAGCACAACCCCUAGAAAACGUAGAUGGGGUCCAGUUCACCAGCCCAAAUGCACACAGCUAGGCAUGCCUAGGGUUCUUACAGGCAAAGCACCAUUCCCAAACCAUGGUAUGCUCCAGAACAAUCUCCUCUCUCUCUGGAGAGACCCACUUCCCACUGCUGUCAGCCAAACUGUGGUUGGUUAGGGCCUCUAUGUGUGAUUCUUCUUGGGAGGGAAUAUUUUAGAACCACGAGAGAUUAGAGAGAGGUGGUAGGACCCUUAGGGAUCAAUUAGUAUAACCAUGUCACUUUACGUCAAUCACACCGGAAAAUGGGAUUUUCCCUGGAUCACCUCACUGGUUAAUGGCAGAGUUCAGAAUAUCAAAUUCCCUGAUUUCUUUGUUCCCACUGUCCCCUGAGACACUAGCAUCUCUGGCUCUCUAGCCUUAUGCAUGCCCUCCCCACUUCCUCUGAUUCUGGAUCUUAGAGACUUAGAAAUGUCAGAGUUGAUGUGUAAGACUGAAACCAUUCCAGAAGGAAAUCAGGCAGUUUCCUGUUGAAAGUUGUCUGGCUUUUUGCAUGUCCAUCUGAACAGGAUUGGCCAUGGCUGGCCCCUCCGCAAGGGCUGCUCCACCUUGAGCAGGUGUCAGCAAGGCUGCUGCACAUUUCUCUGUCUGGGGGUGAUAGCGCAAGUGUGAAUGUUCCGGGGCUGGGCCUGAUUGCUCCUUCUACUGCCACUGCUACUUCUCCGUGGAUGGCACUGUCUUCCCUUCAGGCUUGGGAACUCUAAGCCCAAGCUCCUGCCCAUUUAUCAUUUACCCUGCCAGAGGCUUCUUGUCCAGACAGAGCUGAAAUCAGUGGAAAGCAGUAGGGUUUGUACCUUGCUUUAGAGUAGAUAUGCUUGGAAAGGCCAAGUAGAAAUUAAUUUUUUGAAAAAAUAAAGGUCAUACUUUAAACAUGUUAGUGAAGCUCUACAGGUGAAGGAGUUUUGACUUAAAUGGAAGUAGUGUGCUCUCAUUUCUUUGCAAUCACAAUUUUCCUAUGUUGAAUGCUUAAAGCAAGGCAUACCUGUUUUAUAGCAGGAUUGCCCAUGCUUUAGCCACACAUGUGGGAGAGGCCCCUCCAAUAAUUAGCUUUUGUUAAUAUGGUCAAGUUCUAGAGGGCAGUGGAAUUUCCUUUGCCAGGACUAGUGAAAUACUGUGGUGCCAUCCUCAUUUCUAUAGUUCUAGUUUGGCCCCUUCUUCCCUGACAUUAAGGAAAAGAGAACAACUUAGUGACAUUAGAGAUGAUAGAAACUAGGUGAUCUCUAAAGUUUGGUCAGGCUAAUUCUCUGAAUCUAUGAUUUGAAGGUAGCACAAGCUGAUUCUGGAUUCUAGUGUGUGUGGCUGGUAAGGGGCUGCUGGUAGCAGAGUAGAAAAAUCAGAAGCACAAUGGAAAAACUCCUGGCUUCUGCUUUCUCCUUUAGUACAUAGAAAGGCACUGGCUGGAUACUUUGGUAGGAUCAGGAAAUGUGGGCCCAGCUUUCUAGCCUGGGUAUGGAGAAGGGUAAUCUCAGCAACAAAAACCUCUGCUGGGUAUUGAAUGACAAGCAAAAGCAGUUUAAUUACCUGCUUGCAACCCAGCUUUAUAAGGUCUGCUCUUAAGACUCCACUCCAAGUGAUGCUGGUUUUCCAUGACCCCUGGCCAUGGGCUCAAGAACUCAUAAAGCUGCCAAGGCUCCUGGAAACCACCUGGGUGAGCCUCUCCCAUAGUAAGAAUUAUUUCCCUUUGCACUCUACCCCAGAUGGUCCUUGAAUGAGCAGGUGUAUUGAAUAUGGAAUGAGCAGUCCCUAAAGGUGUUGGGUAGCUGGGGUCUUAGGCAGCUUUUCUGUAACUGCUCCUGGCUCUGUGACUCCUCCUGGAGCCACACCCCAAACUCUAUACCUUCUCUUGCAGAGCAGAGAAGUUCAAUUCCCCUACUCCAAGUCUAGCUUUUCUUUCCUUCCGGCUUCAAGGUGCUCUGUGUCUAUCUGUGUCUGUCUGAGUGUCUGUGUGUAUUUGGGGAAAAGGGCAAUCAGCAAAUAAUCAACUGAGGUUUAUUAUCACAUUUCUAAGGAUGAGCAGGAAAAGAAUAAGCAUGUAGUCAUGAUCACUUGUGGAUUUUGUCUGUCUGUGUCAUGCUUUUGGAACAGAAGCUUAUCUGGGAAAUUACCAGCUCUUUCUCCCAGGGUUCUGAGCAAGAGGAUAAUACCAUCCAAGAAAGUUAAGUUUUUCACUUCCCACUCUGCAUUCCCUGAAGAAACUGGUAUGUUACAUGUAUGUUUUUGGAUGAAUUUGAACAUAAUCUAGUGAAUGUGCCUUAAAAAUCACGACACUAGUUCAAAGGACACGUGAAGUCCAGACCCAUGAUGAGGACGGGUGUUGGAAGCCAGGGAGUGCGAUAAUCACAGGGUAGGAGAAGUUUCGGAGGCCGCCUCCAGUAACAAGUAGAACACAACUGCAGAAGCAGGAGUUUUUCUUCAUUCUGAGAGUAGCAGGGCACUUCUCUCUAAAUAAACCUAGCAUUUAUUUAGAGGUAGCUCUAUAUUUAACAAGCAAGAGAGGUGAUUUCAAAGGAAAAGGUCCAGGCUUUGUUCAGAAUGGAGUCUACAGUGAGGGGAGAUGCCAGAAAGCUGUGUCCAUAGCUCUGUUAUGCAAGCACAAAUUCUGUCUCCUAGAUGGGUCUCCAGGUGUUCCCUUACUGCUGUAACACUGGCCUUCCCUUUUCUAUAAUCCUUGCCACAGCUGUGACAUCCCUGUGUGACCUCAGGAUGUUAGGUGGCCCCCAGAGCACAUGUUUUCCAGAUAGCUGAGUGAUUUGGCUUUCAUGCAGUGCCCUGCACUGUGACUGAGGCCUGACUGUUCUUUAGUUAGGACCCAGAAUUGGGACUGUACACUGCCCUGGGCCCUGGCUUGUAAGCCUGUAGCAGCCCCUAGGAACAGGCCAAGGGAUGGGCUCUUGUUUGAGUUUAUAGCUGCCUUUCCUUACAUGCCUCUAGUUUGCAAUUUUCUGUCAUCUCAGCAUAUGGGGGGAGGGGCAGGAGUAUUGGAACCAAUUUGGUUUUUAAAUUUUCCAACCAAAUGAAGAAGCAAGUUAGUUUUACAGAAAGCGCCACUGUGCUUUAUAGCUAUGUGAUGUUGAGCAAACUGCAUUAACAUCUCCAGGUCCAUUUCCUUAACUGCAAGACGCAGAUGUUGACCUGUCAAAGCUUGCUGUAGGAUUCAGGGUGAAUGAAAGGUACUCCUUGCUUUCAUCACUACCUUUUCUAGCUCAUCACUGUGCCUUUUUUCUUUCUUAAGAAAGACAUCACAACCCUCUCCUCCUCUGUGCUCUUGUCCCUCCCUCCCAUAUCAAAGUCCAGGCAUAGCUGGAGUUGAGGCUGAGAUACAGUGUUUCCUAGAGGGCAACUUAGAAUCCAUUAGAAAGGGAAGCCCAACUCUGGUCUCUUUAAUCCUGCAUUUGGUGACAAAGGGGACUUGGUCAGAAUGGGUGACAUUUCUCUUGCUGGGAAUACACAUUUAGCCACUUUUCAUAAUGCCUAGAAAAUUAUGUCUAUUUGCACAAGAUUGUCUUUUCCUAUUUUGGAGUGGUCAUUUUAUUUUUGUUCAACAUUAUCUGGAGUUUUAGACAAAUUUGCAAAACUGUGCUUUUAUUAAGUGACUUUUUGAAUAAACUCUUUGGUAUUCUGAAGCAAAUGUAUUUAUUUAUUGGUAUGUGCAAUGACAAACGGUAUUUUCCCAUGUUGACAUUAUGUAUGUUGUAGAAUUUUAGUGUUUGUCUAAGUACAGACAUAUAUCAACAAAUUAAACUUGAAUUGUUUCAA